AUGUCUCGAGCUUCGAAGGUUACGCUUGGAGUCACUUCCCUCGUCACAGCGGGCAUUGUCUACUUCGUCCACUGGUCACAGGAAUCGGAACGAUUGGCAAUGCAUGCUGGCGUUGAGCGAGAUAUGGAACAGCAGCGAAUUAAACGAGAACGGCAGGCCGAUUUUGAGAUGCAGAGACGCCUUGAGGAGGAAUACAAGAAGCUUCAAACCGUCUCAGACAGUGUCCCACCACUUGGUCUAGCCGGGAAUAAAGGCGCGAACCAGCAGACAUAG